CUAAAGUCAACCCGUUUUUUACUAACUAGAAAAACAAAAUUCCACCAACUAUUAAACAAUUCCAAACACGACACCGUUUCCACUUCCUUCCUCCCUCGUCAAAACAAAACACAAACCAGGAACCUGCAAAACCCUAGAAUUUACGAAAACCUAAUCCCUGAUCUCUAUAAAUGGCAAUUGCUCGAACUGGAGUAUACGUUGAUGAUUACCUUGAGUAUGCAAAUACAUUACCAGCUGAGCUUCAACGGAUUCUUAAUACUAUUAGGGAACUUGAUGACCGAUCCCAAUCAAUGAUAAAUCAAACAAGGCAACAGACAAACUACUGUCUAGGAUUGGCAUCUCAAAGCUCGAAAAAAGGGAAUGGUAGUAUUUAUAAUUGCUACAACACUAAUAAUAGGGAAGAGGAUGACACAGUCGAGAAAAUGAGGAAGGAUAUUGAGGCAAAUCAGGAUAAUGCAUUGAUUUUGUGCACGGAGAAGGUUUUGUUGGCACGGCAAGCUUAUGAGCUUAUAGACAGCCAUAUAAAACGACUUGAUGAGGAUCUGAACAACUUUGCAGAAGAUUUGAAGCAUGAGGGAAAACUAUCACCAGAUGAGCCGGCAAUUCUUCCUCCACUGCCUUUAAUAGUCCCUAAAAUUGAGAAACGCAGGAACUUUUAUGGAACACCUCGAUCAAAAAGGAUUGAUUUCAGGGAUCGGUAUUGGGACAGAGAACGUGAUAGGGAUUUUGAGCUCAUGCCUCCUCCAGGAAGCCAUAAAAAGGAUUUCACUGUUCCUGUUGAAGCUGAGCAACCCAUUGAUCCGAAUGAACCUACCUACUGUGUCUGCCAUCAGGUGUCCUUUGGAGAUAUGAUUGCUUGUGAUAACGAGAAUGUAAGUACUUUCUCCUUUGCUCUCUGCAUGUUGUUGAGAAUUGCCAAGGAGGUGAAUGGUUCCAUUAUUCAUGUGUUGGGCUGACACCAGAGACAAGAUUCAAGGGGAAGUGGUACUGUCCAACCUGCAGGAAUCUACCCCAAUUUCAAUGGUAGAAUGUAUUCAAAAUUAUAGUUUCCUUAUUUGUAUCAUCAAUUUUCAUUUGCUACAAAGCAUCGCAACCGCGCAGGUCUUGUAACAAAGUAGGAUUCUCACGAGUUCCUUUAUCCCCCCAGCCCCAACACCAAUCCUUCCACCGUUUCCUCUUUUCUUUGCAGGAACAGAAAAGGAAACAGAUGUGUACAUAUCCACAACCAGGCCACAUGAUAAUCCAUUAUGCAUAUUUUGCUAUCAGUUCUUGCAUCCAUAGCCGAAGCUAUCUCAGCUCAGCAAGUGAGAAGUCCUCUGAAUGAGCUGACAAAGUAAGUUCUAUCCAACAGUGGGGGAGUCUCUUCUCAAGUUCAAAGCCCGCCUCCCAUUCUUGUUGCUCUUUCUUCCUUAACGGUGAGGUUAUUCUCCAAUUUUAAAUUUUCAACACCUAAAUCCUUUGGCUGUAGAGAGAAUUAGCCUUGAUACACAAAAGCUAGCCUGAAAAUAGCUUAACUGGUAAAACCAAAAUAAAUAAAUAAAUAAAUACCCUAAAUCCCAUGGGCAUUAUUACCAGAA